UCAACUGCACAAAUUCCGCUUCAACGAGCUCUUCAACUCCCUCCCGCCCGACGGCAGAGCCCGCGCCCGUCUCUUGGGCUGCCAAGGGCCUCUCUCGUCUGGUUGGCUGUCCGCGAUCCCUUCCAGUGACAACAAGGCGCUGAACAACUUCCAGUAUCGCCACGCCGUCGCCGAGUGUCUCGGCGUUAGCCUCCCGCACGCAACCGUCUCGCAGCGAUGCAUCUGCGGCGGGGAGGUUGACAAGUUUGACCUCGACAGGAAGACGUCCCACUUGAUGACCUGGCAGCACGUCACCCCGACGCUCUCAGAGUGCCGCAUGACGUCACCGAGGACGCGGAGACCAAGAUCGUUGGUGAUGCCGCGCAUUCCCGCCUUGUCGAGGUGCUGCUUGAGCUCGACCGCCAUGCCCUGCUGGAUCCACGGGCCCCACUGAAUGCUCUGCGCAGCGAGCUUCUUGGACCGCCGGUACUCGGUGAGGGCGUCCAGGCAUGAGUUGGCCGCCGAGUAGUUGGCCUGACCAAAGUUGCCGAGUAGCGAGGCGGAAAAAGAGAACAUCAUGAAGUGGCCGAGAGGGAUCUCCUUGUCAAGCGACAGCUCGUGGAGGUACCACGCACCCAU